CAUGAACGAUCACGUCCUUCUCUCCGCACCUCGCCGCAUGCCUCUUCGGAACUGUCGGCACAAAUAGGCGAAAAACCCUUUCUUCGGGGAAUAAAACGUCGGUCUCGACCCAACGGGAAAAAGACCUUGGGAAAUCCUUCAAAUGAAGAGGUAUGUGCAAGUAAGAAGGGCCAUGAAAUUGACGAGAAGCUGAACAAUGCGUUGGUAUCGACAGAAAACGCCCAAGAAAACACGGAAGGUAUUUGUACACAUCAACCCCACAUUGAAAACCUUUCAGGAAGCAAUCAAAUUGGAAGUGUGGACGGAAAUCAUGAUAUGAAAAUAUAUCAUGAGGAAGUCCUGGAGAACCAACAGGAUGAAGUUGGAAGGCGGGGUACGGAUCUACAAGCAAACAACUUCGCUAGAGGCGAUACCGUCCCCGACGUUUAUGAAACCCACUUAGUUAUACAAAAAUCGGUAGAUGUGGUUGAAAAAUAUGGGGCAAUUUAUAAGAACGGCAAAUUCAAAGACAAAAAUGCAACUGCAGCCCACGAAGCCUCCAAGCACGUGGAACCGAUAACACAACACUCGCUACAGAAAGCAGCACACAACGCAGUAAAACUGGUCGGUUUGGCGCACCUCAAUUUGAAAUUUGUGCCAGGUGGGCGCACUCUCCGAGUUUCCAUCAACCUUAUGUUUUACUUGAACCCAAAUUGGACUGUUUUCGAGAAACAGACUCAUUUUCAAAUCAAUUUGAUUUUCACAAAAGACUCAACUGAACCUUUCGUUUAUGAUAUUCUACAACUGAAUGUACUGCAAACAGGCCGCCUUAUGAUUCAUUUGGCACGAUAUUCGAGAUAUCGCAAUUCUGAAAACUUACGAAAUCGAUACCAUAUUGGGCGAAUUUUGGGUGACGGAAACUUUGCCGUGGUACGUCUCGUACGACGUCGUGACACAGGACAAAAGUACGCCAUGAAAAUCAUUGACAAGGCUAAGCUGCGAGGAAAAGAGAUGAUGCUGCAUCAAGAAAUCACAAUUUUGCACUCAUGCAGUCACCCGAACAUCGUCCGACUCCUCGAGGAGUAUGAGACACCGAAGGAAAUUUGGCUGGUAAUGGAAUUGGUCAAGGAUGGGGACCUUUUUGAAGGUAUCACAAACUCCGUCAAGUAUUCUGAGAACGUGGCAUCUGGCAUUGUGGCCGAUAUUGCAAACGCGCUCUUCUACCUCCAUUGUCGUUAUAUUGUACAUCGGGAUCUGAAACCAGAAAAUGUACUGAUUUGGCAUCAACCGGAUGGAAAGCUGCGAGUCAAGUUGGCUGACUUUGGUUUGGCAGUCGAAGUUCGGCGGAAUUUGUAUACAGUGUGUGGCACCCCAACGUAUAUUGCACCAGAAAUACUGUCUGAAAGAGGUUAUGGCCUAGAAGUGGACUUGUGGGCUCUCGGGAUUAUCACCUACAUCAUGUUGUGUGGAUUUGCUCCUUUUCGCAGUCCGGAUCGACGUCAAUCACAACUGUUUGAGAGUAUAAAACGUGGUGUGUUUGUUUUCCUCAGUCCUUACUGGGAUGAAAUCUCACAAGGCGAUCUGAAUGCCCAUUUGGGACGAAUGGAUGAGAAGGUGAGCAACCUUGGCAGAAGACUCCGCGACCAGAAGCCAAGUCGCUUGCUACGGCUGUGCGCUAAUCGUCAUCUACUUGCCACCAGCACAUUUCGGCAGAUAAGUUGGCAACUCAUUACCUGGCAUCCUUUAAACUGUAAACAGUCUAGCACUCAGCACCGCUUCGAUCGCAUCAACCAUAGUUGCCCAAAGAAAGUGGUCACAUCACGAAGUUCUGCGGUGGUUGUAUUCCCCAUUGCUUUCAUUACAGGGGCGAAAGACCUCGUGAACCGUCUCCUCGUUGUUACGCCACGUAAGCGUCUGACUGCAAUCGAAACCCUCACGCAUCCAUGGGUCUACUUCGAAGGUUCAUCGGACAACUUAGGAAGUUCCGGCAAAUUAGAAAAAAGCCGGGACGAAUACAAGAAGGAAUUAGAGAAGGAGGCGCAAAGCAUUAGGUCACAAAAAUUGUCAACCGAAAACAGCAACGGCGUGUUGGCUUCUAUGCUCAUUUCUUCAACAAGUGGUGAGUCGAAAAGAUUCGAGAAAAACCCCAAACCCGAUAAUGGGCCUUCAUCACACUUGUCCUCAAAAUAA